ACGUCUAAUGCCCACGCUCUUUUUUCCCCUUCUUUUGUUAUUGCUCUGCUGGCAGGCUUAGGUAGAUUUCUUCCUUGACGCUGAGCUGGCUUACUCCUUCGUUUACGACGUCAAUCAAACAGUCUCCAUGAAUACCUAGUCGAUUUUCUUUCUUCAGCCGCUGCUGGUUACCAGCGAGACAAUUACUUCCCUUCUUCACCUCUUGUAACCGGAGUUGGCACAAUGGAAUCAUGGGCCACUCACUUUCCGCAGCUCGAUGCCCGAUCGCACUUUAACUUGACCCUCAAUGCUUCCGCGGCUCGAAAUGGUCCCUGGAUGCAGUCGAAUGCGACCAGGACCCUCAUCGCCAGUCUACAACUCCAACAAGUCCAAACACUCCGGUCUACGCAUCUCACCCUCGGAGCAUUUAGCCUUGCUUUGACGUUGCUGACGGUCCAUCGCAUUGUUUCUGACGCGCGUCGAGCUGCAGCACUGCAGGUCUUGCCCAAGAAGAAGUUCAACGCUCUUCACAAUGUUCACCCUGCCGAGACCUUUCCGCUUGCCCUGGCCUGCGGUGCCGUUCUACAACAGGUCAUCUUCGUAUCAGUGCAGAGCACUACCCUUAAUAGUGUAUUUUCUAGAAGUUGUCGUGGGCUUUCCAUGAUUACUUUUCCCGCUAUAUUCCUGGUCGGAUACAUCACGCUGGUUUUUGGUAUCGAAGUAGUCGUCAGGGCCUUCAAGCGCGAACGUUUUGCCCCCCGUGGCAAGUGGAACACGACAAUCUGUAUUGCUGUGGUGUCGUUUAUGCUUUUACUUACCUGGAUGCCGACUGUCGCAUGGCCAAUGUCCAAUACUUGCUUCGGCAGUCUCAUCUGGUUUCCUAUGCGUUACGACUUUCUGAUGAUGAUCAUACUUGCUGUCAUGGUCUUUUGCUUAUUGGCAGUCGCCGCUCUCAUCAGUAUCCAGCUCAUGAGAACUCCCGGCUUGGACCCCAACGAGCGUAUUUCGGCUUCACGUAUGACCUACUUCUUGUUAGUAGCUGCAUUGAUCUAUGCUCUCGUCCUCCCUGUCGAGAUCCAGUCUCUUCAACGGGACUUUAUGCAAGCGCUAGCCGCCUCUCGCAUUGCCGAAAUCUCGCUCUUCUCCUCGGGCAUGGUCAUCACCUUCUUCCACCUCUUCCUACGAACAAACGCAACGCGAAUGGUCAUUCGUCCCAUCGAUGAGAUCAACUCCACCCCAAACCAAAAACGCCCAAAGCUUCGAUUCUUCGGCCCUAGUGACUUGGAGAUGCAAAUCAGCGCACCAAUGGAUCUGCAAACAACUCGCCGCUUGGACAGCCGACAGGGUCUGAUUGAUGUUGGACCCGAGAAGAACCGUACAGACUUCGAUCCCGAAUACUUUGAACGACCCAAGCGUGCUUUGUCGCCAGCAUCCACCAAGCCCGGCACCCCAAUCGACCCUACACAAUGGCCACUGCCCCCUAUGAAAGACACUGACGCCAAAUUAUCUGGCCACGCACGCAAGGAGAGCUACUCUCUCUUUCCCACACGAGCUGAAGAAGUACCUCGCCUUCCUCCUACCGUCUACGACCCGAAGGCUGCGCAAGAAACCACCUCAGUAUCCAAGCUCGCUAUGCGACGCUUCACUCGACGGGGCUCAGUCACAUCAGUUACCAAUGUUAGCGACGCGUUCGACUUCCUGACCAAGCCAAAGCUACCCUUUGCCUCUGGACACUCACGUAUGCAAAGCACCGAUAGCAGCGCGACUGUUCAGAUUGGUCUUCGUUUCUCAAUAGCACCCGCCACGCUUGGUACAGGCAAGUACAAUGGUAAUGAGCGCCCGCAGCCACCAAAGCGGGGUAAUACCGACGAUAGUGAUACAUCGCUAGAGCUUCCAAUCCAGGGACCUCCAGCAGAGACAUCGUCAUUAGAGACGCUCAGCCCCGGCACAUAUGUCCCACCAUCUCCCGUAACCCGACCAAGGGCCAACAGCCCCAAUCGGACCCCAGCAUUCCCUCUCGUACCAGUCGUCAACAGCAGUGAGUACCUCAAGGCUCAACGUGAGAAGGUACUACCCGCCCCACCACCAUCCGCAGAAGCGCCAGUGCCGGCUCCACAAGCCGUUACCCCAACACAGGCCGCUAUGCCCUCCCCUGCGAUGUUAUCGCCAGCUAUUCCCAAGCCAGCUUGCAUCAGCGGACUCCGGAUGAACCCAGUCUCUCCCGUCACCGCAGUCGCCUCUCCCAAGACAGCGUCCCAACCCGCUACACCAUCGUCGUCAACCAACAGCCUCGCACGAUCAAACAGCGGAGGCCACGCAGCACCAUCACCGACAGCACGGAUACCCCUAGGUGCAGGCACGAUGUCGCGGAGUCCGCCACCCAACGGCUGGAUCUGA